AGGCGAUCAAAGGUUUUAUGAAACAGUCCAUCAUUCUGACUUUAGUAUUGUAGCGAUAUUCGUGCAUCAAACACAGAGUUAUAUUUGGUGUGGUAAAAUGCAUUCGACUGAUAGCAGUUAUACCAGUCCAUCGUUAGAUCUAAAAAAUAUGUGCAUACAGCGCAUUUGCUGCAUAUCGCAAUAAAAACCACUGCAAUAAACGUUAUCUGUUAACAGCCUGCCUGUAUAAAUUCAACAAAAAUGCCGUUCUGUAUGAAGUGUUUGCAAUGCGUUCCCCAACGAUGGAUCAUCGCAGUUAUGGGAUUUUUCGCAUUUUUCAAUGCUUAUACAUUGCGUGUAUGCCUGUCCAUAGCAGUUACGCAAAUGGUUGUAUUACGGAAGGAUACCAAUAAAGAAUCACUCGAUGAGACGUGCCCGGAAUUUGGUGAAAAUCCCUUGAAAAAUACUACAAUUACUGCUGCAGUUCGCAGUGGAGGAACUUUCGAGUGGAGCGAAUAUACACAAGGCAUCAUCCUUUCAUCGUUUUAUUGGGGCUAUGUCAUCACACAUAUUCCAGGAGGCUUGCUAGCUCACAAAGUUGGGCCGAAAUAUACGUUGGGAUUUGGUAUCUUAAUUACUGCCAUACUUACGGUCAUCACGCCAACCGCUAUUCAGUGGGGAGAUGCCCAGGCUUUGAUAACCGUACGGUUUCUGAUGGGUUUGUGCGAAGGUGUGAUCCAGCCUGCAAUGAGCUGUCUGCUGUCCCAAUGGAUCCCACCUCAAGAGAGAUCUGUGAUCGGUUCUUCGGUUUACGUCGGGAUAAGGUUCGGAAUAGUCAUUUCAUCGGUAAUAUCCGGUUUGAUCAUGGGCAAAUCGAGCGGUAACUGGCCAUCCAUAUUUCAUUUAUUCGGUGCCAUCGGUAUCGUAUGGUUCGUAUUCUGGAUGAUUUUGGCUUACAACAGCCCUCGGGAGCAUCCUUUCAUAACGGAGAAAGAAAAGUCAUACCUGAAUGCUCACAUGAGCAGUCAUACCCACGAGAAUCCGGCACCUUUUCCCUGGAAACGCGCGCUCACGUCUAGACCGUUUCUGGCCUUGAUCGUAAUGCAGUCUGGUCAAGAUUGGUGCAGUUAUACGAUCAUGUCCGAUUUGCCCAAAUAUAUGCACAGCGUGCUGAAGCUACCAGUGUAUCUGAACGGUUACGCCUCGUCCAUGCACCAGAUAGGUUCGUGGCUGUUUUGCAUGCUCAUGUCUUGGCUUUCCGAUUGGUUGGUGGCGAAGGACCACGCGACGAUAACGACGGUUCGAAAGAUGAAUACAGCCAUUUCCAGUCUGGGACCCGGCUGUCUGUUGGUAGCAGCCAUGUACGCUGGAUGCAACGUGGCCGCUGCGAUAACGCUGAUAACCAUAGGAUUAACACUGACUGGCAGCGCAGUGCCAGGAAUAAAAGUCAACGUGCUUGAUCUCAGUCCUAAUUAUGCUGGAACUCUGAUGGGCAUAUCGAACGGUAUUGGGGCAGUUACCGGUGUUCUCGCGCCUUAUACGGUAGGUGUACUGGCAACCAACCAGACUCUGAGCGAAUGGCGACUGAUCUUCUGGAUAGUGGCUGGUGUAUCGCUUGCGACGACUUUGAAUUUUCUCUUUAAUGCUAGUGGCGAAGUUCAAGACUGGAAUGAUCCGACGGUCCGGAAAAGUAAGAAGACUAAGAAAGCUGGCGCGGAAGAGGAUGUAAAUCUUCUGACGAUAAAGGAAAAUAAUUAACCUAAAUGAUCUCAUUUUUAAAAGUGCGAUCGGUUGUAAUUUCAUCAUUAGUUAUAAAGACAUGUUAAACGAAGUAUUUACUUGUAAUAUUUUUGCAAAAGCAUAGAAAAUAUUGUACAAUUAUUUUAAAAAGGUUGUUAUACGCCACACGUGAUUGUAUUCCUGUAAACGAUCAAUCGAAUAAUAAGUUUGGAAAAUUUCUUUUGCAAACAAGAUAGUAAGAUUAUAUUCUCAUCAACAAGAGCCGCUUGUAAAUAGUAUUCAUUACCAUAUCUUCACAAAUAAUUAUUGCAUGGAAACUCAAAUGAUACUAUUUUGCAUUAUUUAAUCAAUAAACAGAUUAUCCGCA